AUACCUCAUUGCUAUUUAAAAUCUCAAAACCACAUGUUAUAGAGCAUACCUACUAAUUUUUGCAAUAAUGGAGAAAGCCUUCAAAUUUUUUUUCUUAACACUCUUGUUCCUUAUGGCUAGUUCAGCCAUGACCCAAACAAACAUUACCACGGAUCAAUUAGCUCUUUUGUCCUUAAAAUCUCAAAUCAUUUCUGACCCCUCUCAUUUCUUGGAUGAAAAUUGGUCUCCCGCUAUUUCUGUUUGUCAUUGGGUUGGAGUCACUUGUGGUUCUCGUCACCAACGAGUGAAGACCUUGAAUCUUUCUAGCAUGGCUCUUACAGGCAGGAUUCCUCGUGAAUUUGGAAACCUCUCAUUUCUUGUUUCUCUCAACUUGGGAAGCAAUAAUUUCAAUGGAAAUUUUCCUCAAGAAAUGACACGCUUGCGUCGACUUAAGUUUCUCGAUUUAAGUUUCAACAGUUUCAGCGGGGAGGUUCCUUCUUGGUUAGGAUUUUUACACCAACUUCAAUUUCUAAAUCUUGGGGAUAAUAGUUUCACUGGUUCCAUCCCUUCUUCAUUUUCUAAUAUUUCAAAACUUGAGACUUUGAAUAUGGAAUACAAUUCAAUAGAGGGCCAAAUACCAAAAGUGAUUGGAAGUCUUAUAAACCUUAGAGAAUUAAACAUGAGGGGUAACAAGCUCAUAGGUUCUGUUCCUCAAUCACUCUCGAAUGCCUCGAGGUUGGAGACUUUGGAGAUAUCUCAUAAUUCUCUUCAAGGAAACAUUCCAGAAGGGAUUGGAAAUCUUCAUAACAUGAAGUCGUUGGGCGUAGAAUUUAAUCAACUUACGGGUUCUAUACCAUUCCAAAUUUUCAAUAAUUCUAGAAUUGAACUCAUUGCAUUUACAAUGAAUAGCUUAACAGGAAAUCUUCCCAAUAGUUUAUGUAAUGAUCUCUCAAUACUCAAAGAGAUUUAUCUAUCCAAAAACAAUCUACAGGGUCAUAUGCCUACAAGCUUAUCAAAUUGUUCACAACUUCAUCUAUUGGGUUUAUCAUAUAAUGAGUUUGAUGGACCAAUACAUAGUGAAAUUGGAAGAUUGAGUAACUUGCAGUAUUUGUAUCUCGGAUUUAACCAUUUCAAAGGUGAAAUACCCAAAGAGAUAAGCAAUCUCAUUGAGCUGAAGGUACUUGAUCUUGGGCUUAAUAGUUUUAGUGGUUCACUUCCAAUGGAGAUCUUCAAUAUAUCCGGGCUGAGAGUGAUUUCUCUUUCAUUCAACAAUUUAUCUGGAAGCCUUCCACCAAACAUGUGUUCUGUCAUACCCAACAUCGAAGAGCUUUAUCUGGACAUCUUAACCGAUCUUGUUGGGACUAUUCCUCAUUCGAUCUCCAAUUGUCCAAAACUUACUAAUCUAGAUCUUUCAGGCAACAAACUCACUGGCUUGAUUCCCAUCUCACUUGGAUAUUUGACUCAUCUAGAGUAUCUAAAUUUAGGGGGAAACAAUUUAAGCAGCGACUCAUCAUUAAGCUUCCUGACUUCCUUAACCAAUAGCAGAAAUUUAACAUUUCUUGAUAUAUCUUUCAACCCGCUAAAUGGCAUGCUUCCAGCCUCCAUGGACAACUUUUCCACAUCUCUUAGAAAAUUUUACGCCAAUGGUUGCAAGAUCAAAGG